AAAAAGUAUGGCUGAUUUGGAUGCGGCUGUUAACAACAGGAAUCGUAUCGAAAAUAUGAAAGGCUCAAACGGCCCUCGUGUCGUAACAAUUAAUAAAACUGAGACAGGUUUCGGUUUUAACGUGAGGGGCCAAGUUAGUGAAGGUGGACAGUUGAGAAGUAUUAAUGGGGAACUGUACGCCCCCCUUCAACAUGUUAGUGCAGUGUUAGAUAGGGGUGCUGCAGAACAGGCUGGAAUAAGGAAAGGAGACAGAAUUUUAGAAGUCAAUGGUGUUAAUGUGGAAGGUGCAACCCAUAAACAAGUCGUUGAUCUUAUAAAAUCAGGAGGAGAUGUCUUAACCUUAACUGUCAUAUCCGUGACGCAACAGGAGGCUGAACGUUUGGAACCAACAGACGAUAACCAAGUAUAUUAUGAUUAUAGCGAAAAACGAUCUUUACCAAUAAGUAUUCCCGAUUAUCACCAUAAUGAACGAAGUGGAGAACGAUACGUCUCGUUUAAUAUAUAUAUGGCCGGACGUCAUCUUUGUUCUAGGAGAUAUAGAGAAUUUGCAAAGUUGCAUAAUGAUCUCAAAAAGGAAUUUUUAGGUUUUACGUUCCCCAAACUACCAGGAAAAUGGCCCUUCACCAUGAGCGAGCAACAACUAGAUGCUCGUCGUCGUGGCUUGGAGCAAUAUUUGGAGAGAGUUUGUGCUGUAAGGGUUAUAGCUGAGUCUGAUAUCAUGCAAGAGUUCCUAACUGACCAAGAUGAUGAAAACAGUACGAGUCCAGUCGAUCUUAAAGUAUUAUUACCCGAUAGGGAAGUCGUUACAGUAUCCCUAAAAAAGACUUCAAAUGCUGAUGAAGUAUAUGAUGCAGUAAUUAGAAAAAUUGGAAUGAGCAAAAAAGUAUCAUGUUAUUUUUAUUUAUUUGAAAUAGUCGAAUAUAACUUUGAAAGAAAGUUGCAACCGAAUGAAUACCCCCAUAAUUUAUAUAUACAGAAUUAUAGUACAGCCACAAGUACGUGUUUAAGCAUUAGAAAAUGGCUGUUUUCCGUUGAUAAGGAAUAUACGUUAAUGAGCGAUGCGCAGGCUAUUUCCUACAUAUUCUGGCAGGCAGUAGAUGAAGUAAAUAGAGGUUGUAUCCACGCCGGUGAACGUCUCUACCAGCUCAAAGCCCUUCAGGACAAAACUCGCGCAGCCGAAUAUCUCAAACUCGCCAGAGAACUUCCCGGUUACGGUGAGGUAGUAUUUCCACAUUGCGCUUGCGAUUCUAGAAAAGACGGCCACGUGGUACUGUCGAUCGGUACCAUGGGAAUCAAAUUGCACGCGUGUCGAGAGGAUGGGACACUGGAAAGUCAAGUAAUAUUGUUACAGUGGGAUUCCUUGCGACAAUGGGAGAUAGACGAAGAAGGAAUGGCAUUCUGUCUUAAGUAUAAUAGGCCUGACAAAACGCCAAAAUGGUUAAAAAUAUUUACGCCAUACUAUCUGUACUUGAUGGACUGUUUCGAAAGGAUCAUGGAGGAAAGCAAAUGGUUGGACACGGGCGAUUGAUGUCCGCUAUAAUCACAUCUAUUUCUCCUUUAACUGGUAGACUAAAACAUCAUCAAUUAUUUUAUAAGUAAGA